AUGUCCGGAAGGGAAGUAGUGCACGGCUUGACUAUUAUUGGUGAGCAUGGGAAUAGAAUAAUAGGGAGUCCUUUGGUUAUUUCGCAGCACCAAAGAGAAACAGAAAGAAGGAUGUUUGAAAAGGCAAAGGAAGCAGACGACUCAAUUAUUUUGUUUGAAGAUAGUCUUGUCUUGUACAAGAUAGUAGGAGAUUUAUGCAUCUUGCUCUAUGCCCCUAUAAAUGAGAAUGAAAUUGCACUUUCAAAUGCACUUGAUGCCUUCUACACGGCAGUGAUUAAAACAGUCAGUGGGCCACUUACACAGAAAUCCUUAGACAAGCAUUAUGAUGAGGUUUUUAUGUUAAUUGACUCUUUCAUCUACAAAUCCACUAUUAUCACAGAUAGUUCUACUGACCUUAUAAGCACCCUGCAAAGAAGGACAUUUGAGGGCCUGGAUGCAAUUCCUAUGCCAUCAAAGCUCUCAAGUGCUUUUAAAAAGGCACAAAAGUCAUUUGCAUCAUCCUGGUUUAAAAAGUAA